UGUGUUCAACUGUCAAAAAUUCUUUCUCUUGUCUACGGACACGUCGUGAGCACGUUGUGAGUGGAAUUUACGUGCAAUUUACAAAAAUGUCGGCGCAUUUAAAUUGGAUGAUCAUCCGAAACAACAACGCUUUCCUAGUGAAAAAGCGUAACAUCAAGAAACCUUUCAGUAAGGAGCCCAACAAUGUGACUAACCUUAACGCCUUCAGAUUCAAUGGUCUGAUCCACAAGAAAGCCGUCGGCGUGGUUGAGAAUGAAACCCCCGUCAGGAAGGGAUUCACAAUUGUGUACAAGAAGGCCAGAGCGACCAACAAGCCUGCCAAGAACCUCGUCAAGCGCCAAUUCAAAGCUGGCGCUAGAAGAUCGCUUUUCAAGGUAAAGAAGCUAAUGAAAGCCAACAACUACCGCAAAGACCUUUGCAAAGCUACUCUUCGACGUGCCUCAGCGAUCCUGCGUUCCCAGCGGCCCAUUAAGACGAAGAAACCUAAAGCCGCAGCUGCUAAGGCAGAAUAAGUUUUGUAAAUAAGUCCAAUAAAAAGUAAAAAACCUAAA